AAUCAAAACAAAAAUCUUCUGGAAAGUCGUCCUAGAUUUUAACAGCAAGCUAACCCACCUAAAACCGAGAGAGUUAGCACAGUUGUUCCCAAGUGUUAUUUGAAUCAGCUUUAACAUCUGAAUUUCGCUUAAUUAGAUGUAUUUCAUCAUGGGAGUUUCUCAAAAGUUUCGCUCUUUCUACAACUUUUUCUGCUCCGUUUUCGUGGCAUAGCUGGAAAGCUAACUGCUGUUUGUUGUAGUAAAUGUUAGCCUAGCAUUGCUCUCCCCACACAAAAGCCCUGCCUCUUCUCAGAGUUGUUGGACACCAGAAGUUUAAAACUUUACUAAGUGCUUUUUGACCGAAACGUCUUCAAAAUGUCUAUCCUCGGAUUAAAGAAGAAGCAGCCAAAGACUUUUAAAGUCAAAGUUAUCACUAUGGAUGCUGAAAUGGAGUUUAGCUGCGAGGUCAAGUGGAAAGGUAAAGACCUCUUUGACCUGGUAUGUCGAACUGUUGGUUUGAGGGAGACCUGGUUUUUUGGACUCAGGUACACAGUAAAGGAUACCUAUGCCUGGCUAAAACCAGACAAGCGGGUCUUGGACCAGGAGGUUCCUAAGGACUCUCCCAUAACAUUUAAUUUCCUUGCUAAAUUUUUCCCGGAAAAAGUAGAAGAAGAGCUGGUUCAAGAAAUAACUCAACACCUCUUCUUCUUACAGGUAAAAAAACAGAUAUUAGAUGAAGAGAUAUUCUGCUCCCCUGAAGCUUCAGUUCUGUUGGCAUCAUAUGCCGUCCAAGCUAAGUAUGGAGACUAUGAUCCAAACUUCCAUAAACCAGGCUUCCUGGCACAAGAUGAACUUUUGCCAAAAACAGUUGUGAUGCAGUACCAAAUGACAGCAGACAUGUGGGAGGAGAAGAUCACAGCUUGGUAUGCUGAGCACAGAGGCCUCGCCAGAGAUGAAGCUGAGAUGGAAUACCUAAAGAUUGCUCAGGAUCUUGAGAUGUAUGGUGUCAGCUACUUUGACAUUACCCAAAAUAAGAGGGACACAAACCUGCUACUUGGAGUUGAUGCUCAGGGCCUUCACAUCUACAGCCCCAACAGCAAACUCACCCCUAACAAGUCCUUUCCUUGGAGCGGCAUCCGUAAUAUCUCCUAUAGUGAAAAGGAGUUCACAAUCAAACCUCUGGACAAGAAGAAAGAUGUUUUCAAGUUCUACUCAUCUCAGCUGCGUGUCAACAAGCUGAUCCUGCAGUUGUGCAUUGGGAAUCAUGAUUUGUUUAUGAGGAGGAGGAAGGUGGACUCAAUUGAAGUGCAGCAGAUGAAAGCUCAAGCCAAAGAGGAAAAGGCCCGCAAGAAGAUGGAGCGCCAGAUCCUGGCACGGGAGAAACAGAUGAGGGAGGAAGCGGAACGGGCAAAAGAGGAAAUGGAAAGAAGACUGUUCCAGCUGCAGGAUGAGGCACGACUGGCUAAUGAGGCACUGCUGCGAUCUGAGGAGACAGCCGACCUGCUGGCAGAGAAAGCUCAGAUUGCUGAGGAGGAAGCAAAGCUGUUGGCCCACAAAGCUGCAGAAGCUGAGCAGGAAAGGCAGAGGUUAGAGGUCGCAGCCAUGAAGACCAAGGAGGAGAAGAGGCUCAUGGAGCAGAAGAUGAGGGAGGCGGAGCAGCUGGCUGUAAAACUGGUGGAGCAGUCUGAGCGGAGGUUGAAGGAAGCUGAUCACCUGAAACAGGACCUGACUGAGGCAAAGGACGCUGAGAGGAGAGCCAAGCAGAAGCUGCUGGAGAUCACCAAAACAACCUACCCUCUCAUAGCAGCUUAUUCUGCUCCCCCUGCUCCUCCUGCUCCUCCUGAAGCAGCCGACUUUGCCUGUGAGUCACCACCUGCACGCCUCGACUUCAAGGACUCCGACAUGAAACGGCUCUCUAUGGAGAUUGAGAGAGAGAGGCUGGAGUACAUGGAGAAGAGCAAACAUCUUCAGGACCAGCUGAAGGAGCUCAAGUCUGAGAUCGAGUCUCUGAAGCUGGAGGAGCAGCAGCAGCAACAGGCCAGCCUCUACAACCUGCACAGUGAGGCGAGGGGGUACAUCCCAGAGCCCGUCUACAUAGCUCACAGCAACAGAAACUCUGCAUACAUGUCUCAGAUGGCCUUCUUUGAAGAAGUGUGAUCCUGGCCCUUUAAAAUUGAGGGAGCAGCUGCUGUGACGCUCUUCUUCCUCAGCCUGUUUGGUUAACGUUUACCUGACUGAAGCUAACAGACAGAAACUCUAUGUUCUUUGGAAAGACUUUGAAUCUGUUCUUAAAAAUGAACUAAUAACACUUGUGUGGCUUCCUGCGCAGACUGUUAGAUUAAGUUUUGCCACCUGCAACACCUACAGCAUGUCAGCAUUUCCAUCUAGAAAGAGUGCAUUAUUGGAUGAGCGCUUCUUCAAGAUAUGUUGCUGAGGAUUGUGCACAAAAGAGUUUUUAUUUCAUGCUUUUUGUUUGGUUUUAAUGAAUACCUAGCUGUAAUGUGGUCAAAUACAGAACUAUGCCUGCUUAAUGUUGAGAUAUCCAUAUGUGCCUUAAAAUACUUUAAGACUGGGAUUGUGUUAAAAAAGAAAUUACGCUGCAACGUUGGCAAAGUUCAGAUCAGUUGUGAUGUCAGCUGCGACGAAUGUCGUAAACAGGGUUCCUUCCACAGAAGCAAAAUAUUCUUCAAGCAUGGGUUAGAGUUCAGAUUUACCAACUGUUGUUCAGUAACACUCUGAACAUAGACUGUAUGUAAACGAUGGACAAAGGCUCUGGCCCCAAUAUAUAGAAAUCUAUGAAAAACAAUCUUGCUGCUCAUCUUAUUUUAUUACCUAAACACUUUGGUGAUGAAGUUAUGGUCUCACUCUAGCUUCUAAGGUUGUUUUGUGCUUUAUAAAUAACGCCCCCAUUUAGAGUGGAACAGAUGAUAAAAUGCAUGUGAUUUACAGUUUGGUUUCCUUCUGACUGACAAAAUACCGUCAUACGAGGAUGUAGUGCGUCUGGUUUCUCACUCACUCAGAUCCACCUUGCUUAAAAUGUCUGGUUUUAAAAGGCGUAAACAUACAUACACGGUGGUGCUGCCAGUGGAUGCUUCUCUGCUCCUACUGUCUGGCUCAGGAGAUCUGACAAAGAUCGCUGACCUAUUCAUGCAUAAAAUGCCAGACUUGUGUCCACUUUUGUUGAUGUUUUAGUGAAAGAAAUGCCAAAACAAAGGCAACAGAGAAAAACUUUCCACAAGUGAAAAGUUGUUUCACAUUAUUUUAGUCUUUUAAACAUGUUUAAUUUGAUAUGUCGACAUCAGUAAUCUGACUUUAGGCUAACUUAAUGUUCAGUCGCUGUUACUAACAUUAAGUUAUAUUAGCUAAAGAGAAAAAAAAUGGGAAGGUUUUUAUUAAUGUAAUAAAUUAGAGUUGAACUUAGAAUGAUAUUUGGAUAGUGUUGUAUGUGUUCUUGUUAGGUACUUCUAAGUACUUAAGAAAAGAAAAAUUUGCGACUUUGAGCCGCAUUACAAGUCAGGAGACUCCUUUGGUGGUCCUACGUGUUUCUUUUACUUGGUUUGUAAAAUGCCUUCAAUGAAAUCAUCACACAGGAGCCUGUAUUGUUUAAUAGAAAUGUUGUAAAAGCUUGAGCUCUGCCAUGUCAAGGUUUUAUAUUUUGUACUCUAGACUGCUGAUGUGCCUUAAUUUUAUGUUAUUUUAUUUUUUGCUGUUACGCUUUAAGACACUAAGAUUUUAUUUGGUGUCAUUGUGCUUUUUGAUCUUAGUAUUAGGGUGACUUUAACUUUGUGGGUGAUAUCUUUCUUUUAAUUCCUUGACAGAGUGACAGAUGGAUGGCUUUUUUUUUUUCUUUUCCCCACAUCACGCACUUCUCAGGGUUAGUGUUAAACACCCCACGCCUUCACCGUCACCACUACCAAAGAUGCAGUAUGGUAUCUAACAGUGUUUAAAUUAGAUAGGUUUAAUAAUAAUACGCAUGUAGAAGACUAAUGCAGCGAUCUUUAGACUUCUUUUAUAUUCUGAAAAAAAGCAAAGGCUGGAUGUACUCAGAGAUUGAUCAUGUUUGUUUAUUUGACCAGCCUAUCAGAGAGAUUAAAUUAUGGGCUCAACAUGGGGUCGUUACACUAACCUUGGUAUUGUGUAAAUGGUAUUUUCAUUUGAAGUGUUCUUAAGUACUUUGUUUUUUCUGUUUUUGCCUUAUUUAUUUGUGCUGUAAGUCCUCAAUUAACAUCACAUUUGCUUGAUAUCUGUUAUUGGGGGAGAGCGGGUGUUUAUAAUUUAGUCUUUUAUUUUUCUAUAAUGAGAUUCAAAUCCAGUGUUAAAGAAUGAUUUCACAUCAAAAAAUGUUGGGUUAUGUUUAAUUUGAAGUGACAAAAUGUUACAGUUUCAUGAGUUUUGUCAUUGAUUUGUAACCAAGUUAUUUUGUGUAUAUUAUUUCAUAACAAUGAUAAUACAACAGUGUGACUGUCCUGUCUGAUCUGUCUUCUCAUAGAUUAUGAGUCAUGCAUAUACACAGCAAUUUAAGGGUGAGGAAGAGCAUUCAAAGCAUCUAAGGCUGUGUGAUACAAUAAAUGAAAGUUUGCUAGA